AUUGUUCAGUUCCAGAUACAUGUGGGCGAAUGUUUUGUUCCUCCGUUGAUACUCUGUGAUCUGUAAGUUGUAAUGUGUAAAUGAUCAACUGAGAUUUCUUAAGAAAAUUUUCUUAAGAAAUUUCAGGUUUUGGAGUUGUCGUUAUUUAUAGGUUAUUAUGUGAUGAGUUUUGAUGGAGAUGUAAUUUUUUUAUUUUCACUCCAUACCAGGCGGUGGCGGUAAUGCACCAAACCUGAAGUCGUAGAAGACGAAUCCAGCCAAUCAGGACGCAGCUUCACCAACACAAACUUUGAAUGCAACUCGGAAGAAAACAUGCAGCUCUUUUUCCCCAAAACGACGCAAAUGUGUUAUUAAAGUAAAAAAAAAAAUCCCGUUUAUACGAACGGUUCCGAUAUAUUUUAGUGAUUUUUGAAAGGACCUUGUUGGCAGACUGUAGAGAGAGGUAGUUAAUCGACCAGCUGCUGUCGUUGUGCUAACUCUGAUGCUAACGGUUUUACUUUACGCUAAUAGUUCGGUGAAUGAUUUAGUGUGUAGUUAACUGUUAAGUUUGCCUCAACAACAAACAAAAUGCUGAAUUCUUCACGUUUGGCUGUGUGUCUGUGUUGGUGAAGGACGAAUUCGCUGGACUCGAAGAUGGAAGUCGCUGUUAAAGGGAAGGUCAAGAGGAGGCACCUGAAUGCAGAAGAGUGUGAUGAACUGGGACAAAGUUCACGAAGCACAGACGUCCUCACCCGACCCCACACAUCUAACCAGGGAAGGGGAAACCACGACCCUAAUCAUGGGCUGUACCCCCGAACACCCUCCAAGCGCAGGAAAUGGGCACCUGCCUCAGGAAGUCCUACUGGGAAACAGAAGGGCAUCAGCGACUUCUUCUCUGUGACAGGAGUAGUCAGUUCAAGCCCACGCAAAUCCUCCCUGCCCUGCACCUCCACAUCUUCCAAAGAGGAGCCAAAAGUACUGAAAGAAGGAGAGGAGGAUGACGACGAUGUCAGCCUUUUAGCUUUCCCAUUGGCACCAGAGCCUAUGGUGAAGAUGGAGGAAGAGAUUGAUGAUGACAGUCUGUUAGCUGCCAUCGUGAUGCCGGAGCCUGAGGAAGACGACGAUGAGAUUGAUGAUGACAGCCUGUUAGCUGGUACAAUGGAGUCAGAGCCUAAACCAAAGGAGGAGAAUUACCUGGAGGGAAUCACAGCUGAGAUGUUUGGAGAUGAUGAUGAAUUUGACCAAUGUGAGGAAGAGGAAGUGGAGGCCCUCCCUGAUGCUCACUAUGGGCUCUUGGGCAACAACAGCGUCUUGCUGCAACCUCAGGGCUGCAUGGAUGACCUUCCAGAAGAGGUGCUGAGACAAAUACUGUGCCUCAUCCCUGCCCAGGACCUUUACCGCACUGUCUGCCAGGUCUGCCAUCGCUGGAGGAACAUCGUCCAGGACACCAAGUUCGUGCCAUUCAAGAAACAAUACUACUGCUACAUGAUGCACAAGACGGAUACGGUGCUGGAGAUCGAUUCCAUCCUGAAGAACAGUGGCGUAACAGAUAAGGCAUCGUCACACAACAGCAUACGGAAGCUUGUUGUUUUAAUGGCUCAGCAUAAGGUUGGAGAGCGUGUGAAUCCGGUGGACAUUCUGGAGCGUGUGAAGAAACAUCGCCUUUUCCCUCAAGCUGAGGCCUCCAUCAGAUUAUGUAUUCCUGAUAUUCAGAAGUGCUUUAAUCUCUGCAUUGAGGGUCCUAACCCGUACGCAGCCAUGGCCAUCAUCCUGAUCCUGAGUGAGAGUGUUGGUGAUGUGCAGGCCUUGGUGUCUCUGCUCACUGGCAGCAUGUCUCACAUAGCCAUCACAGAGUACCUCAGCCACAUGGCCAUGAUGUUGCUCGCUUUAGAGAGGAGCGACAUCAGGAUUAGUAACAGGUUGCAUUACAACAUCUACUAUGUGCUCCACCUGAUGGAGAACGGUCCCUUUUUUGUCAACUCUGGUCACAGCAGGCAGCCCCAGAUUCACCUCACCCGUGAGCAGCACCAGGUCCUCUGCCACAAUAUCCAGACCAACCACGUGGUGAAGAUAGUGGCGUUUGCAGGUACAGGGAAGACGACUACGCUGGUGAAGUAUGCUGAGCAGCGGCCGCACCUCCGCUUCCUGUAUGUGGCCUUCAACAACUCAGUGGCUUGUGAGGCACGCCGCCGUUUCCCCAGCAACGUGGACUCCAAAACUGUCCACUCAUUGGCCUAUAGCGACGUCGGGAGGAGAUAUAAAAUGUGUGGAAAGCUGACCUAUAACCUCAAGCCAUUUACCGUCAACUCUGUUCUGCCUAAAGGCCGUGGUGGCUUUGUUAACGCCAAAGUGGUAACCACAACUCUUAACACCUUCAUGGCUUCAGCAGACGAAACCAUCACUACUAGACAUGUCCCCAGCCGCUAUACAAGUCAUAACGGCGUCGAAAAGAUCAUCUCUAGUGAUGACCAGCGGUUGUUCGUCCAAGAUGCUCGGGUGAUCUGGGAAAAAAUGAAGGAGCUCAAAAAGACUUCACAACACGGCUUUUACAUGCCUCAUGAUGGUUACCUUAAACUAUGGCAGCUUCAAAGCCCUUGCUUGUCUGACAAAUAUGAUGCCAUUUUCAUCGAUGAGGCCCAGGACUGCACUCCAGUGGUCAUGGAUGUGCUGCUGUCUCAGCGCUGUGGGAAAAUCCUGGUUGGAGAUCCUCAUCAGCAGAUCUACACCUUCAGAGGAGCCGUCAAUGCUUUGGACACGGUUGGUCACACCCACAUCUACUACCUGACGCAGAGCUUUCGAUUUGGUUCUGAGAUCGCCUAUGUGGGUGCUACCAUCCUCAGAGUUUGCAAACAUGUUCAGAAGAUUCUUGUGGGAGGGAUGCAGAAAGGUGGUGUUUGUGAUGAGACUGCAGAAAGGACUCUGCAGGCUGUGAAGAUGGGUUCAAGUCACAGUCAAGGGAAGACGGCCAUCUUGUCGAGAUGCAACCUCGGUGUGUUUCGUGAAGCCGUCCGGUUGACUAAUGCCAACCGAAAUGUUCGCCUCCACUUCAUCGGCGUAAGUGUGCAUAAACUCACACUCAGGGGAUAUAAAAACAUCGGCCUCGAUCGGAUUCUGGACAUCUGGCACCUGAUGCAGCAGACAGACAAGGAGCUCCCACAGGCAAGAGUCAUAAAGGAUCCCUUCUUUCGGAACUUUGCAAAGGCGAAAGAGAAGGCCUUCUGGGCCCUGAAGUCGUACGUCACACAGACGGAGGACAAGGAGCUGGAAGGAAAAGUUAACAUUGUGGAGGAGUACGGAAGUCGCAUCCCAGAACUGGUGGUUCGCCUGAAGAAGUGUCAUGAAAGUGACUAUCACAGUGCAGACUUCAUGCUUGGAACGGUCCACAAGGCUAAAGGUCUUGAAUUUGAGACUGUGAUAGUCACUGAUGACUUUUCUAAGGUUCCCAUUGCCAGACACAACCUGCACCGCGAUCCGUUCUUCCGGUUUUGGGACAUUCCAGACGAUGAAUGGAACCUGCUGUAUGUGGCCGUGACUCGAGCUAGAACCUCCCUGAUCAUCACUAAGACCGUCUUCCACAUCCUCACGAUGGCUGGGGAAUACUUCCUCAAGUCAGAAAUGCCCAGUUCCCAGCUGAUGGCCAGCGGUCCUCCCCCCUGCUCCAUCUCAGACUGUCCCAACUGCAUCACACCCGGCUCAGCGUUCGUCAUGCGGAAACAAGACAUGAAAUGCACUGAUUGUGUGCUUCCUGGCGGGUUGCUGUGUGAGAGGUGUGUGUGGACACGCAUCGGACCGACUGCCUUCCUCAUGACCGACGGCGUGCUCUCCAUGGCUGAAAACCCACAAAGACUCGGACAACUGGUCCACCACGUUGUUUUCGUAGGUCUUCUCUAACAACACCUGUCUUCAAGGACCUGAAGUCUGCGUUCUUUUUACUGUGUUGGAAGUCAGGUGAUCUUAAACACACUAACCAGAGGACUGUACUAUGAAGCCAGUUGAACGUAGCCGGACUGCCUUUGUGUGAGUCGAAUCAGCAAAAAAAUGAAACCUCAGUCGAGCAGCUUUCUGGGUUAACUCAGAGCGCAUUCACACAGAAAUGUUAGAGCUGCUAAAUUUCCUUCAUUUUACUGGUUUAAGCAACGUACAGCUCAGCACAUUUAUAGAUAUGAUGAUCUGUAUCACUCAUAGAGAACGGUCAGGAAACGAUUUGGUCAAAGGCAGACACUUCUUCCAUCUGACACUGAACAGAGCCAGGUUAGCACCACAGCAUCAGUUGUCAUGGCGAUGUAACGGGUUAGUGACGCUGUAAACGAUGCAGCUUCUCUCACUUCAUAGUACAGCCCUCUGGAUGUCAGCAGCCAAAUAAAGCUUAAAUUAAAAAACACUUUUUACUCUUCUUUUCUAAUGAUUGCAGUGCAGUUUUUUUUUUAAUACUGUCAUGUCGUUUUAGAAAUAUAUUUAACAGCCUUCAGCUUCCAGUCACAACGUUGUGAUAAAGACUGGACUGAGGAGCUGAGUGUGACUAUUUUCUACUUGUUAGAAAAAAGGAAAGAUGCUGGCCAUUUUUUUGUACUACUUCUUUUUUUUCUGUUGUAUCGUCUUUAAUUCUUAGAACCAAACACUUCACAUCCGAAUUCACAAACUUUCUUAUCGGCUUUGGUGCUCUCAAAGUAUUUAUGGAGUUGUAGCACGUGCCAAAUCAAACUUGGCCUUUCCAGAAAUACCAGCUGCUUAAAUUUCCGUCUUCUGCUUGUAUCUGCUUUAUGGAACCACAGUGGUCAAAAACGAGAAUGAUCUCUGUUUCUGCCUGGCACAGUUUGUAAGUCAUACAGUAUCUUUCCAUCAUGGUUCUGAUGCGGCUGGUGUCCAGAAGGUUGACACAAUCAAGAAAAGAGAUCUCUAAUGUCAGUAUUUUACGCUGAGAAACAGAACACCACAUAUGUUUUCAUGAUAAAAAAAAAAAAAAACCCUGCAAGUAUUAUCAGAUGGGGAAAAUUUUCCACUAGAGAAAUCCAGCUAUCCCAGCAGAUCUCUAUUUUGUCUUGGUUAUAUCACGCUGAUGUCAUUUUCAUGAUUAUUUCGAAUAAACCAGUUUGGUGCCUAUAUUCUUAAAAAAAAAUUAAAUUUGCAGAUCCAUUUUCAAACCCCAGAACUUUUGUUUUUGUGGGACAACUUGUCCUACCUGCUCAGUUUUAAAAGGUCAAUGAAAACAACUGUCUUUUCAUUUUUGUUACCAGAUAUUUCAUAUUAAAAAAGAAUAUGCAUUCAGA